UUUGAAAGCUGUCAAACGCACGUUUCAUAUUGUGUUUGUUGGUUAUUCCUAGUUAUAGUUAAAAGUUGUAAUUGACAAGAAUUCUAUUCGUCAUGAAAUUUAAACAAAAGAAAUCUUCUAAACUGACUCUGUCAGAUAAAAUAGCAGAUGCGUUAACUGUUAAACCUAGAGCGGAUAUAGAAGAUGAUGUUAUAUUUGGCACGAAACCAAAUACAGUUUCUCGUGCGGAUUAUUCUUCUGACAGCGAGGAUGAGGACGCAAUUAGCGACUUUAGGAAGCGUAAUGUUAAUUUAUUAAGUGAGAUAAGUAAGAAGUAUGAAGGUCAGGUAGUAUCUCGGAAAGAAUUUGACCGAAAUAGCGCAGAUGAAAGUGUAGACGAUGAGAGCGAUGGACAACAGUCCGAGCAAGAAAUUUCUAAGAAUCUUAAGGGUCUGAUGUCGGAUGACGAGGAAAGCCAAGGAAGCGAUGACAGUAUCAUCAAAAAUGUCAAAUCUACAGUUAAAUCUGAUGAUAGUUCAUCAGAAGAUGGAGAGAGUGAUGACUAUGAUAUAGUUAAACAUAGAAACGAAGAUGAAAGCGAUGAAGAUGGCUCAGAGGAAGAAGGAGGAUUUGACAUCAGUCAAAUGGAAGAACCCGUCAAAGAAGAAUUUGAGCAUGUCAAAAAGCAAAAUGUUUCAGAAGAGGCUAAGAAGGGUAUGGCCGUCAGAAACCAGUUGCUAUUAUGGGAAGGUCUUUUAGAAAUGAGGAUACAUUUACAGAGAUGUAUGAACUCGGCAAACAGAAUGCCUAUGUCUGAUACAUAUGAAACUCUUAAGAACCAUUCCGACUUUGUUGAGGAAUCUGGGAUGGUGAUCAACAAUGUGGCAAAUGUUUUAGACAAGUUUUUAAAUCUGCAGAGUCUAUUAUUAAAGCAAUAUCCUGAAACUAAGACCAUAUCAAAUAAGAAAAUUACAUCCGAGGCGCAGCAAAAGCAAGGAGAAGGGAGCGACGAAGAAAUCCCUAGUGACACAGACAAUGAAGAAAUUCCUUCCGAUACCGAAAGUGAAAAUGAUCAACCGCAGAUGAAAGCAGAUAAUAAGAAAACCAAUGAAAAGAAACGAAAACUAGAAGAUUAUGAAAGUGAUAUAGCAACGACCCACAAGGCUUUUAAGUCAUAUAGAGAUGCGACAGUCAAAAAAUGGAAUGAAAAGACACGUCUAGCGACCGCAGCUAAUAUUAAAAGUACACCCACAAAUACUAUCCUACAACAGAUAUCAUAUAUAUUGUCGGACAGGGAUAAGCUUAUACGUCGGACACAAUUAAAGAGAUCCGAGUACGAUAUUAUUGGAUACAAAAAAGAUCCAACUCCCACUGAAAAUAGAGAUCAAAACGGAAUGGGAAUAAAUCCAAUAACAAGAGACAGGAAAGACAAUGAUGUUUACAUUCCAGAAAUCUUCGAUGAUAGUGAUUUUUAUCAUCAACUACUGAGAGAAUUAAUAGAGUGUAAAUCAGCUGAUAUAUCUGAUCCAGUCCAACUCAGUCGCCAAUGGAUCGCUCUGCAGCAGAUGAGGAGCAAGAUGAAGAGGAAAGUUGAUACGAGGGCAACAAAGGGUAGGAAAAUUAAGUAUGUUGUACAUAACAAGCUAGUCAGUUAUAUGGCACCUGAAAAGUCUAUUACAUGGACCGAUGAGAGCACUAAUGAGUUAUACAAUUCACUGUUCGGCAAAAUGUUUGAAAGCAAUAAUGUCGGCACGAAUAUAAAUUUGGAUAAUGUAAAACUUUUUAAUUAAAUGAAAAUAAUAUAUAAAAAAUCAGUUUUAUUUAUUCACUUUGCAGUUAAAUAAAUGUUGUAUUAUAAAUUUUGAAGUUUUGACAUAAUGGAGAAAUAGGUGCUUUGGGUAUUUGACGUGAAAUUAAACUGAGACAAAAUAUACUUCUAUUUCUAAAAUUAAAUAAGAAUUAAUAUAAAACACACAUAGUUUUAACCAUUCAUAUAUUUUACACUAACAAUAUUGUAUUCAUGGAAAUAUUGUAGUUGAUUCUAGUAGGUAGUAAUAAGCAAACGAUUGUCAAGGUGCACUGUGCGCAUAAUUUAAAUUAUAAUGUUGCAUACAUAUUUUAAAAACAUUGCGAGUUUUUUUUUUUUUAUUAUUAGUCUCCCGGAAGUUAAUCAAAAACACGCGUUGGCGGUGUGAGUGCUGCAUAAUCUAUAUUUUAAAGUUUAUUCUUAAAUAAAGAUGUUUAAAACAGAUAA